GGCAAUCUCCGCCCCGUGCUCUUGCGUGGCCUGAACGCCUUUGUCCUGUAUGCGUUGAGCGUUCAGUCGGCGAUUGAAUUUGUGGCGCAAACUGAAAAUAAACAGUUUUUAUUUAAUAUCUUAAAUCCACGACCAACAUCAAGCAUGAGUAAAAGAAAAGCGCCUCAGGAAACUCUGAAUGAAGGAAUUACAGACUUCCUUAUAGAGUUGGCCAACUUUGAGAGAAAUGUUAACAGAGCCGUUCAUAAAUACAAUGCUUACAGAAAAGCAGCAGCUGUAAUUGCCAAAUAUCCGCAGAAGAUCAAAAGCGGAACAGAAGCAAAGAAACUGGAUGGAGUUGGUGCAAAGAUAGCCGAGAAAAUCGAUGAGUUUUUGAAGACAGGAACACUACGCAAGCUGGAAAAGAUUCGCAAUGAUGACACAAGCUCCUCCAUUACCUUCUUAACCAGAGUGACUGGAAUCGGUCCUGCCGCAGCCAGAAAGUUUUAUGAUGAGGGGGUCAAAACGUUAGAAGAUUUGAAGAAGAUCGAACACAAACUAAAUCACCAUCAGCAGAUUGGAUUAAAGUAUUUUGAAGAAUUUGAGAAGAGAAUUCCUCGUGCAGAAAUGCAAGAGAUGGAGGCUCUGAUACUGAAGGAGCUUGAGUUGGUGGAUCCAGAAUACAUCGGCACCAUCUGUGGAAGCUACAGAAGAGGAGCGGAGUCGAGUGGUGAUAUUGAUAUACUGCUGACUCACCCAAACUUCACCUCUCAAUCUGAGAAACAGCCGAAACUUCUUAACGCUGUUGUGGAUCAUCUGGAGUCCGUCAGCUUCAUCACCGACACGCUGUCUAAAGGAGACACCAAGUUUAUGGGUGUUUGUCAGCUUCAGAAAGAAAAUGAGGAUGAUGAAGAUAAUAUUCAUCGACGCAUUGACAUCAGGCUCAUUCCAAACGAUCAGUAUUACUGUGGUGUGUUGUACUUCACUGGCAGUGACAUUUUCAACAAGAACAUGAGGACUCGUGCUUUGGAAAAGGGCUUUACGCUCAAUGAGUACACCAUCCGUCCACUAGGGGUUACUGGUAUGGCUGGAGAGCCUUUGCUGGUGGACAGUGAGAAGGACAUCUUUGAUUACAUCCAGUGGAAAUACAGAGAACCAAAGGAUCGUAGCGAGUGAAACGAACAUACACGCUGAGAGCGAUGUAACAGAUGGACAGUAAAGAUUGUUCUUGCUUCAGUCUCUUUCAGCGAUUGAUACAUCAGUCAUACGCGAAGAUUUCACUUCACAAAGCCGUUAGAUAGUUUACAGGAGUGUUUGAACUGUAGAGGAUGUUACAGGAGUCAGCGUGAGAUGUGUAAGGUUUUAAACAGCUGUGUGACUGUAUUUCAGUGUAUUUUUUUCUUUUUAAUCAUGCAGAAUAUUUUGUUUUAAUUUGAAGCGCAGGAUUGAUUUCACAGAUGUCUGACAGCACAGGUGAAUUAAUACUGUCACGAGAAGCUUCAAAGAUACAACAGCAAACAUUUGUUUGUUAUAUUAUUAUGUUUAUAAGAUAAACCUAGAAAAAAUAUUUUUAGUGGUGCUGUCUGGAAUGUUACAUUAUUUAUGUAGCCAUUAUAUUGUUGCUGUUGUUUUUGUUUAUUAGUCAAACGCGAGGUAGAAUCUACAUGAAAUUCUGUCUUUUAUGUGUGUAUGUUUUCUCUGUUGUAAACGUCACAUCCUUUUUCAGAUUUAGGUCAGUUUUCGUUUUUGAUCUUUUUUGUUUGACUGAAUGUCUGUUUGAAAAAUGGUUAUCGUUAUUAAGCAUGUCAGUCUUUCAAGACAAAAUUAAACGCAAGACUAUCGGAGUAAAUUUGGAAAAAAAAAUAUUAUAAUAAUGUUAUUUUCACUCUAGUUAUCUAGUGAAAGUCUUUUUAUUUGACAGAGGAAUGAGAUCAGAAUUAAAUGUACCUGCAGACGAACAGGUUAAUGUAACUAUCACAUACCUGGACGAGGUGUGUGACAUCUACAAAUCCAAUCCUGCAUGUUGUAGUAAUUAUACAAAUAAAAUAAUAAUAAAGAUAGAUAAAAAAUAAAGAUAAUUAGAUGAUUGUAAUGAAGGUGCUGUUUUCACAGAUGUUGAACAACUAGAGCAAACAAAUCAUUUUUCGUGUCAUGUCUAUAAUAUUCUUUCUGCUGCAUAGACAGCAGAAUCACACGAGUUUAAAAUAAUUUAUUUCUGCCAAUAAAUUUUACUUUCAGACAACAGAUGAACAGAACUGACUCAUAGCUUUAUCUCCAGGUGGACACGACUGAAGUCAACUUUAUAAUGCACAAAUAAAGCAUACAUCUUUUUGAUUUGCCAA